CCCGAGGGAAUUCUCACACGUCAUAGCCGUGACAGUGUACAUCCCCCCGUCAGCUAAUAGUGAUGCAGCGUGUGAUGCCCUGAUGACUGUCGUGAGCAGGCUGCAAACACAGUCCCCCAACGCCCUGCUGAUCAUCUCUGGGGACUUCAACCAUGUCUCUCUGUCGUCCUCCCUUUCAACCUUCAAGCAGUAUGUAACCUGUGCCACUAGAGACAAUAAUAUUUUGGACUUGUUUUAUGCCAAUACCAAGGAGGCAUAUAAACCCCUCUCCCUCCCACCUCUUGGAAGAGCAGACCACAACUUGGUAUUUCUCGAGCCUGUGUACAAACCCCUGGUGCACAGGCAACCAACUGUGACCAGAAUGGUCAAGAAAUGGUCAUCGGAAGCUGAAGAUGCUCUGCGAGACUGCUUCGUGACAACCAGGUGGGAACUCUUCAGCGAGGUUCAUGGGGAGGACAUUGAUGCACUCACUGACACCAUCACGGAUUAUAUAAACUUCUGUGAGGAGAACACUGUACCCACCAGAACUCUGCGGUGUUUUUCCAACAACAAACCAUGGAUUAAUCCGGACAUAAAGACCCUGCUGAAGGAGAAGAGAGCUUUUCGGUCGAGAAACAGAGAGGAGCUGAAGGCCGUGCAGAUUCGGCUGAGAAGAAAGAUCAGGGAGGGGAAGAAAUUAUACAGGAUGAAAUUGGAGGACCAGUUACAGGCCAGCAAUGUCCCUGGUGUCUGGAGGGGCCUGAAAACCAUCUCAGGACAUGACAGCCCAAAGACAGUGGUCGAGAAGGACAAGGACUGGGCAGAUGGACUGAACCAUUUUUUCAACCGUUUCGACCAGUCGUCUGUCCCUUCCCCCAACCACAAACUGCAACCUCUCUCACUGAGGACUUCUUCUCCUCCCCCUCCUCUUUCGACCAGCUCUCAUCAACCCAGUAUGUCACCUGGUUCCUGCCUGUCCGUCACAACAGAGCAGCACAUCUUCAACCUGAGCCUGAAGCUGGGCAGGGCUCCACAGCUGUGGAAAACUUCGUGCCUGGUCCCAGUGCCCAAGACCCCCCACCCUAAGGAGCUGAACAGCUACAGACCGGUGGCGCUGACGUCUCACCUGAUGAAGACGCUGGAGAGACUCAUCCUCGCCCACCUUCGACCGCUGGUGAGCCCGUCACUGGACCCGCUGCAGUUUGCCUAUCAGCCUGGCAUCGGCGUGGAAGACGCCAUUAUCUACCUCCUCCACUCAGUGCUGUCACACUUGGAGAAGGCUGGGAGCACUGUGAGAAUCAUGUUCUUUGAUUUCUCCAGUGCCUUAUACACCAUCCAGCCCAAUUUGCUGGGAGGCAAACUGCAGAACGCCGGAGUGGACCACCAUCUCACAGCAUGGAUCAUAGAUUACCUCACAAAUCGGCCGCAGUACGUGAGAUUGCAGAGCUGUGAGUCGGACCGGCUUCUCUGCAGCACUGGAGCGCCGCAGGGGACUGUUCUGGCUCCAUUCCUGUUCAUCCUCUACACCUCGGACUUCAGACAUGACACUCCAAACUGCCACCUUCAGAAGUUCUCCGAUGACUCUGCGAUUGUUGGCCUCAUUACAGAAGGGGAUGAUCGGGAGUACAGGGGACUGACAAAGGACUUUGUGGACUGGUGCCAGCAGAAUCUCCUCCAGAUCAACCCGAGGAAAACUAAGGAAUUGGUUGUGGAUUUCUGCAGGAAAAAGUCCUCACCAGCACCGAUGAACAUCCAGGGUAUGGACAUAGAGAGGGUGACCUUCUACAAGUACCUUGGUGUUCUUCUCAACGACAAACUGGACUGGUCCACAAACACGGACACCCUGAUUAGGAAAGGACAGAGCCGACUCUUCCUACUCAGGAAACUGAGGUCUUUUGGGGUUCAGGGGUCACUCCUUAAGACAUUCUAUAACUUGGUGGUGGCCUCUGCCAUCUAUUAUGCCAUUGUCUGCUGGUCAGGCAGCAUCUCGGCCCGGGACAGAAAGAGACUGGAGCGACUGGUCAGGAAGGCCAGUUCUGUCCUGGGUUGCUCCCUUGACACUCUGGAGGAGGUGGGCAACAGAAGGAUGCUAACUAAGCUAAAAGCUAUGAUGGCCAGUCCCUCCCACCCCCUCCAGCCCACCCUGACAGCACUUGGUAGCUCCUUCAGCCAGAGACUGUUACACCCGCGCUGCAAGAAGGAGAGAUACCGACGCUCGUUCCUACCGACUGCUGUCAGGCUGAUGAAUAAAAAAUAACAAUCAUAAUAAUAAUAAUAAUUAAAUGAUGUGAAGGAAAAUUGUAAAUAGUACUGCGAUUU